UCCGGGUGAGCCGCCCCGCCCCCACGUGGGACCCGGAGCCUGGAGUCGGGAGACCGCGGUGGCUGCGCCAGCGGUUCGGAGCUCUGGCGAGUCAGAGCUAAGUCCCAGCACACAACCCAGGAGCCUUGAUUGCAUCCAGCUGACACCCUCACCAUGCAGCCCCAGUCGGUUCUGCACAGUGGGUAUUUCCACCCACUGCUUCGGUUCUGGCAGGGAGCCAACACCACCCUCAGUGCCUCCAACCUCAUCUACCCCAUCUUUGUCACGGAUGUUCCUGACGACAUCCAGCCCAUCGCCAGCCUCCCAGGAGUGGCCAGGUAUGGAGUGAACCGGCUGGAAGAGAUGCUGAAGCCACUUGUGGAAGAUGGCCUACGCUGUGUGCUGAUCUUUGGUGUCCCCAGCAGAGUUCCCAAGGAUGAGCGGGGCUCCUCAGCAGACUCCGAGGAAUCCCCAACUAUAGAGGCAAUCCGGCUGUUGAGGAAGACCUUCCCUAGCCUGCUGGUGGCCUGUGAUGUCUGCCUGUGCCCCUACACUUCCCAUGGUCACUGUGGGCUUCUGAGUGAGAAGGGAGCUUUCCAGGCUGAGGAGAGCCGCCAACGGCUGGCUGAGGUGGCACUUGCCUAUGCCAAGGCUGGAUGUCAGGUAGUAGCUCCGUCGGACAUGAUGGAUGGGCGCGUGGAAGCUAUCAAGGAGGCCCUGAUGGCACACGGACUUGGCAACAGGGUAUCAGUGAUGAGCUACAGUGCCAAAUUUGCUUCCUUUUUCUAUGGACCUUUCCGGGAUGCAGCCCAGUCAAGCCCAGCUUUUGGAGACCGCCGCUGCUACCAGCUGCCCCCUGGAGCCCGGGGCCUGGCCCUCCGUGCAGUGGACCGGGAUGUUCGGGAAGGAGCCGACAUGCUUAUGGUAAAGCCAGGAAUGCCCUACCUGGACAUUGUACGGGAAGUGAAGGACAAGCACCCUGAGCUCCCGCUUGCUGUGUACCACGUGUCUGGAGAGUUUGCUAUGUUGUGGCAUGGAGCCCGGGCUGGGGCCUUUGAUCUCAAGGCUGCCGUGUUGGAGGCCAUGACCGCCUUCCGCAGAGCAGGUGCUGAUAUCAUCAUCACCUACUACACACCUCAGCUAUUGCAGUGGCUGAAGGAGGAGUGACAGAGAGGACAGGACUCAAGAGCCAGACUUUGAGAAGGUUCCCAGAGCCAUGGAGAUGUGAAAACCAAAGUAAAUGCUGCUGUUUGAACUGUGCCCUGUGCCCGAUUCCUGCCCACAUGCUGGCAGAGGCCCAGCACCCUGAGUGGUUUAUGCCGCACACCAAACCUUAGCAGUCUCAGCUGCAGCCUCACAGGCUCUUCCUUGCUUGCUCAGGCUCAGGCCUGAGUCUCAUCUCCCCACCUCCCACACUUUUCAGUUGUGGCUUCAGCAAACUGCAACCUAGAGUCCCAGGCAUAAGCCUAGGGCCUAGGAGAGGGGCUUGGAUCAUUGAGCCAGAGGAAAGCAGUUGGCUCAGGAAAGCCUAAGUCCUCUGGCAGUAGAGCAGGAGUGAGGCCUAGCUUGACAUCUGAGUUUAGAGUUGAGCUGUGUUGUGAUUCCAGAGAAAAGCAUUUCCCACAUAGACCAGUGAUCACCAGGCAGCCUGAAAUCUGUUCCACUCAGAGCCAUAGACCAGGGAGAAGACUUAUUAACAAGGAUCGAAAUCCAGAAGCAAGAAGGAGUUCCUGACUGCUAGAGAUACAACCACUAGCAAGGCUUUUAUUCAUGAGAGAAGUUUUGAGACUCUCAGCUCUGCCCGGGCACAGUGCAGGGUGCUGUGAAUGUGACAACAAAGGCAACCAGCUUGUGUCUUCAUGGAGUUUAUGCAGAGAGAAAGGGGGAGAUAAGAAAACAGACUAAUAAAGCAGUUAUAAAUAA